CAUCAAGAAGAAUGGUUCCAACUCUUUGGUGAAGAAAUCACGGUUGAGCAUCUCUUGAAAAAGUAAAGACAAAAUCUAAACCAACAAAAGGGAGGAGGAUAUGAUGAGAUUGGCCACAAAUGGGCGAUCGAGGUGGUGGGUGGUCGGUCUAUUGGCAUUGCUUUUGACAGUCAUGGCAGAACCAGUGACAUCCCAAAAGAUCGAUAGAAAUAACACAAUGAUCAGAUGGUAUUGUAGUUUUUACCAAGUCAUGAACGGGCCAUUUUUCCUCAGGAACCUCAAUACCACCUUUUCUAGCCUUAGAAAGCAGUUAUCUGAAACCAACAAAUACCACGCUGUUGCAAAGACUUUAAUCAAUGGCGAAUCGGUCUAUGGGCUAGCUUUAUGUAGAGAAUAUCUCUCCACUGCAGCUUGUCUAGCUUGUUUUGACACUGGUGUUGCUUAUAUGAAAGUAUGUGGCCUCGGCAAUGGUGCUCAUAUUUUCUACGAUGAUUGUGAGCUCAGGUAUGAGAACAAUGACUUCUACGAUGAGGCUAUCAUCAAAACUAGUGUUGGAAUAUGUGGCAAUACAACAUCAUCCCAUCCAAAGGAACUCCAAAAAACAGCAAGAGGGUUGUUUUCAGAUCUUCAGAUCGCAACACCAAAGACAUCAAAUUUCUUUGUUGCUUCUGCAAGGCAACUUACUGGCAGUAACGUAACAGUGUACGCUAUUGCACAAUGUAGUCGCAACUUAAGCCAAAGUGUUUGUGUGGAUUGUCUAAAGAUCAGACAUAGAUCAUUAGAUGGUUGUCUUCCUAAUACAUUUGGAAGGGCAAUUGAUAGUGGAUGUUUUAUGCGAUAUUCUGAAACUCCUUUUUUUGGAGUCAAUCAAACAACUGACAUCGCACCUUUCCUAAAGAAUGGAUCUUCGAGCAACUUGAGAUCCAUUAUUGGGGGAGUUGUUGGUGCUAUUGGUUUUCUGUUGUUUAUACUUGCCUUUCUCUUUUGGCAUCGUCGCUCAAGAAAGCCAUACAACCAUGGACAAGGUAAGUCAACUGGAGCAACUGAGAUGUUGCAAAGGCCCACUGCUUACACCUACAAAGACUUAAAAAUAGCAACAAAUAACUUUCAUGAAGAAAACAUAAUUGGAAGAGGGUCUGGUGAAGUUUAUAAGGGUGUUCUGAAGGAUGGAAAUACUGUUGCAAUAAAGAAAAUAGCCAUUGCAUCGAAGAGAGGAAAAGCAUACAUGGACGGUGAAAUCAAAAUCAUCAGUAAUGUUCAUCACCGGUAUCUUAUACGAAUCCUUGGAUAUUGUAGUAAAGGAUCUCACUUAUAUCUUGUCCUUGAGUACAUGGAAAAUGGUAGCCUUGACAAAUAUCUCUAUGGUGACAAACGUAGCAGCCUAAAUUGGAAACAAAGGUUUGAUAUAAUAUUUGGUACAGCCAGGGGUCUUGCAUAUCUACAUGAGCAGUACCAUGUUACAAUCAUUCACAGAGAUAUAAAAUCUAGCAAUAUUCUAUUGGACACUGAAUUUCAACCAAAAGUUGCAGAUUUUGGGCUAGUAAAACUAUUGCCAGAAGAUAAGACUCAUCUGAGUACCAAAGUUAUGGGAACCUUAUAUAAUGGCUAUAUAGCACCGGAAUAUGCAAUUAACGGACACUUAUCUGAGAAAGUUGAUACUUACAGCUUUGGUGUUGUCAUCCUUGAAAUCAUUAGUGGAAAGUGGUGCAACAACAAGAUAGAAAAUGAACCCAUCUCACUAAACUUCGUUGAGAAUGCAAGAAGUCUAUAUGAGAAUGAUAUGCAUUUGCAUCUUAUAGAUGCUACACUGGAUCCAAGUGAAUAUGCAACAGAAGACGCCAAGAAAGUCAUAGAGAUAGCCUUGAUGUGCACACAACCAACAACUUCAGCGAGACCAUCAAUGUCUGAAGUGGUUACACUUCUAAGUGAACGUUUACUUGAUGAAAGGCUUCUGAUGAGGUCUACAAUCAAUGAUCAUGCCCUGAGGAUUCAGGUAGACACCUCCAAGACCACUUCGACUCUCACAAGGAAAUUCGAAUAUGUCGUUGUAGCAAUCGAAGAAUCCAAGAAUCUGUCUGAUUUUUUGCUUGAAAGUCUCAUGGGAACGUUGCAGUCACAUGAACUGAGGAUGAAUCAGUUUGAUGCUCCUGUUCUUGAACAAGCAUUUCAAACUCAAUCUUCUUGGCAGACCGAUCAAACCAAGGAAGAUCAAUAUGAAGGAGGUUUUCACUCCCGUAAUCAGACUAGAGACUAUACGGUUGGUAUUGGCCAUCCAGCACAAAAUAACUGGAGUGUCCAUCAAAUGGACGUUAAAUCGGCGUUCUUAAAUGGGUUUCUAGAGGAAGAUGUGUACAUUGAACAACCCAGUGGUUAUGCCAAACAAGGGGAAGAACAUAAGGUUUGUCACUUGAAGAAGGCUCUUUACGGGCUAAAACAGGCCCCUAGGGACUGGUAUGCUCGAAUAGAAGGAUAUUUCAUAAAAGAGGGGUUCAAGAAGUGCACCUACGAACACACUCUAUUCAUAAAAUCACUCAGCAAUGAAGUUCUCAUAGUAUGCUUAUACGUGGAUGACUUGGUGGUCACAGGGAAUUCUCUUCACUUAAUUGAUGAUUUUAAGAAGUCAAUGAUGUUAGAAUUUGAGAUGACAGAUGUAGGUCCUCUUCAUUACUUCUUAGGUAUUGAAGUAACUCAAGAAGAAAACAAGAUUUUCAUGUCACAGAAGAAGUAUGCUAAUGAUUUACUUGGAAGGUUCAAUAUGCAUCAGGCUAUUCCAGCAAUCACUCCUAUGGAGUUCGGUCUGAAAUUAACUAAAGACUGCUCUGGUGAUCAUGUUGAUCUAACACUAUUUCGCAGCCUCAUUGGAUGUCUUAUGUACUUAACAACAACAAGGCCCAAUAUCAUGUUUCCGGUAAGUUUGGUUAGUCAUUUCAUGGAAAGUCCAAAGAAAAGUAAUUGGGAGGCUGGAAAAAGCAUUUUGCGUUUCAUUAAAGGAACAUUAGACCAUGGCAUCAUGUACACGAAAGUUAAAAAUCCGAGUCUGAAGGGUUACAGCGAUAGUGACUACGGAGGAAGUUUGGAUGACAGCAGGAGUACCACAGGAUUCGUUUUUAGCAUGGGUUUAGGGGCAAUAUCUUGGCAAUCAAAAAAACAAAAGGUUGUGGCUUUGUCUUCAGUAGAAAAUGAAUAUAUGGCCCUUUCCCUUGUAGGCUGCCAAGCUUUAUGGUUAAGAGGAAUUUUGGAAGAAAUGGGUAUGGCUCAAACGAAUGCUACAAAAAUCUUAUGCGAUAACAAGUCCGCCAUAGCCUUGACUAAAAAUCCAGUGUUCCAUGGAAAAAUUAAUAGUGUGGAUGAGGGCAACCAUUGUCUUGAAAAAUCGAAUGCCAUCCUCGAGAGGAAGUUGAAGAAUCUUUGUGACAAAGGGAUCAUGAUGGUUAAGGUGCAAUGGAAGCACCAUGGUGGUGCCAAUAGGGAAGGCGAAGAAAACAUGAAAGGACGUUAUCCCAAUUAA